CCACUGUGUGUAUGACUUACGUCAACCAUGCAUUCGGAUCGCUCCAAAUAUUUCGUCUAUUUAUGUAAAGUGUUGCUCUCGUAGUAAUUAUUUGUUGAAAGGGGACCGACCGACUACUGCGGCUUGAAACUUCGAUCUCGAAAUAAAAAUUUGUUUGUUUCCAUUGAACGCUUCGCGUAUAUUGCGGGGAAAACUAGAUACUUUUCGGGUCCUUUUUUAACUAUUUAAUUAGUUAUGGAUGCUUUUCGGACGACAAAUAUUCACUUAGGGGUAGGUGCCGUGGUACCGUUUAAAGACUAGUUUUAUUGUUUAUAUUUAUGGUGUGCCAAGGAGAUGGAUGGAUUUUGGACUUUUCAAAUAAUGUGUUAAGUGGAAUAGUUCGGGAGAAAUGUUAAAUAAAUUGAAGUAAUUAUUAAAAAAGUACAAAACAUAAGAAGAAAAAUACCAAGAUGGGGAAUUCCUGCAGCAGCGGACAGGCGCACAAAGACAAGGACAACAUGUCACAGAGGUCUGAAGAGUCGGGAAGUUAUCAGGUGCGAGCUAGUUUACCUUCAGAGAAACAACAAACGUUGCUGAACCACAUCACGCCUCAUUCCGGCGUCAUUUUGGAACCCACUACUGCCGGAAAACCUCAACUACCAUCUGGUAAUACUCCAACUACCACAGCGAGUGCUUUAGAACAUAAGCCGAGUCUAACAAAAUCGUUUAAAGGGACAACCAUCACUAGUGUCUCUGAUUCAAUGUCUUUAAGUUCGCCGCCAGGAAAUCAAAGUCCGAAGGAUUUUGAUAAACUAUUUGAUAGUAAUGUUCCAAAAGAGGUUUCUGAUCUGUCAGAAAACCUCCAAUGUUUGAUCAUGGGAAAAGUGGCCCAGACUAAGACUGUACUGAAAAGUAGGAAAAUCGUAAUUUAUAUAUGUGCUGCUGAUUCACAAGAUUGUAAUGUUGAGAAAGGGGCACUACAUAAUACCAUUUACCCCGAAUUAAGAGCAAACUGUAGAUCCAGAGGCUACGAGUUACAUAUCGUGGAUCUGCAUUGGAAAACUCUUCUAGAAAAGCAACAGGACCACGAAUUUCCGGAGUUAUGUAUAGGAGAACUCACAAGGCAAAUGGAAGUAGCGUACAUAAUUCCUGUGUUGUUUUUAAAUAACUCCUUAGGCACUCAAUUAUUGCCAAUUACCAUAGAAACUCAAGAUUUUAACGUAGCGAUGGAAAGUGCGGAAAAUCAAUCAGCCCAAGGACUUUUAUCCAAAUGGUAUAUGUUAGAUAGUCAUGCUCAACCACCUUGCUACAGACUGCGUCCAAUUUCUUGUCACAUUCCUGGUUUUAAAGAGACGUCGCUUCAAGAUAGAGAAAAGGCUUUCGCGGAAUGGGCUAGUGAGAUAGAUAAGAUGUUGGCCGUGCUAAUUACCGUUUUUUCACAAGAACUGAAAGAUACUUAUUUAACAACAGUAGUUGAACAGGAAGUACAUAAUACAGUAUUUAUGAGUCAAGAACUAGCGAAGAGAUGUAUAUGGUUGAAUAGAAUUUACACUCCAACAGCAAAAACUCCAGAUAAUAUGAGUCCGGGAGAAGCUGAAGCACAUAGAAGAUUAGAUAUUUUACAAAAAGAUUUAAAGAACCAAUUGGCGGAAAAACACAUAGUAAGGAUACCAGUGAAGUAUGUCGAGGGUGGUCUAAACAUUCAAAUUCCAGAACAUGAAGAAUAUUUAGCCAACGUAGUACAUCAUUUGAAAAAACAUCUUAGCGAAAUGAUCAAUACGAUAAUAGAAGAGCACCAGAGCAAAACUAUGCUAAAACCGAGUUUUGGUAUUGAGGCCACGUUGUUUGAAGAACUAAAUCAACAGACCACUUUUUGUCAAAAGGCGGCUCAAUGCAGCACCGAUAGGGAAAAAACCAUAAACGAAGUUAAAGGGUAUAUAAAUGGAAAUAGUACAAAUCCGUUGGUGAUUUACGGGCCCAGCGGAUGUGGAAAAACUACCCUGUUAGCCAGAGUAGCGCAGUGUUGCCAACAAUGGCUACCAGAAGCGUUUUUAAUAGUUAGAUUUAUUGGCAUCAGUGCCCAAUCUAGUACAGUAGAACAGCUUUUGAGUUCAAUUACUAAUCAGUGUUCCAUUUUAAAUUACGGUCACAAAUGUCAUUGUACUCAUAACAUAGAAACCUACCAAAAAGUACUUCCAAAUCUACUAACAGCAAGUUGCCUGCAAAGACCGCUGAUAAUCCUAUUGGACGGUCUGGAUCAAGUACGAGCGUACAGUUCCAAAAACAUAGACUGGCUACCCACGGUCUUGCCAGAUAAUAUUAAACUAAUAAUCUCUGUAUCAGAGCACAGUGAUAUGCACGCCAAAAUUAGCGAAAAGCUUAACCAAGACAAUUUUAUCCAGAUGCCUCUUCUCGGGGAGACUGAAGCCAAGGGGAUCCUGAUGUCUAGUGUGAUGCAAUAUAAUCAUAGCGUUAACUCUAAAAUUCAAGACUGCGUAUUAAAAUCUGUCCAAGAAUGUACCAUUCCUUUAUACUCUAAGGUUUUAGCAUGGCAAACAUCGUGGUGGGUAGAUAAAGAACACGAAAUCGUACCAAAAGGGCAUGUCAACGAUCAACUACACCAAAUGCUGGAGGAACUAGAAACGAUUUUAGGAGAAACUCAAGUCCAACACGCUUUGGCUCUACUAACCUGUACAAAGCAUAGCCUAACUGACUCAGAAAUGAUAGACUUACUAGCUUUCGAUGAACAUUUCAAUACAGAUACAACAUUUGAAAAAUCCUCUCUAUGUGAUGUUUUAGUUUCUUGGGCUCCAGCAUGUAUAACGUGGUCAAGAAUAAAUAAAUACUUAGCUCCAUUCCUCCAUUGGACAUUAACUGGCAAGGUUCUGGGUAUUCAAUGGAAGGAUAAUUUGUUAAAGGAAGCAGCGUCUGAAAGAUUCAAGGAACACAAAAAUUGGGCCCACCAAAUGCUUUAUGAUUAUUAUAAUGGCCGAUGGUGGAACAGUAAACCCACAAGUCUCCAGGCUCGGCUGGUCGUUCAAGAAAAUAUAUUAGGAAAAUGUUAUAACCGCAGGCGACUGGACGAACUUCCCUACCAACACUUCCAACUGCAUUCCAAUCUGGAGAACUCUAUGUUCCUCUCGGAUACUUCCUGGAUAUACGACAAGGUGUGCGGCUCUAACUGUUACCAGAUAUUAGAAGACAUCAACCUUCAUCCUCAAAUCUCAAACCAAUUUACGCUUGUUCUCAAAGACUUCAUUGAAACCCACGCCUCCGUAUUGAACUACGACGGCAAACAAUUCUACUCACACAUGUACAAAUAUUUAACUGAUAAGAUUAGCAAGAAUGAACUUAGUAUAGAAAAUAAUGACUCUAGUUUAUCUAAAGUGUAUAGUGUAUGUAAAUCCCCUCCUGUUUUAUCGCUGAUUGCUAUUAACGAAGCAGAUUCGGUGGAGUCAGACCAGUUUUUGGAGAAGACGACUGAGGAGAAGAAUUUCGAUUUGGUUGUACGACUUCCGAAGACUGAUCAAUUCAUUGUUACCGUAUCUACGAACAACAAAGAGCUUUGUGUAUGGGAUAUUAUCAAUUGCCAACCAGUAAGGAUAUUACAGGGUGUUCCACAUCCCAUUAAUCUAAUACCAAUAGAUGAAUUUAAAUGUAUAGUAUUGUGUAUGCGGGAAUUAAGAACGUUCGAUCUGAAUUCUGGUAGUUUUUUAACCAAAUUGAAGGGUGUCAUGAACCAAAAGAUGCCCUACUAUGGGCUGCACGACCAAUCGCAUCUAGUGGCACUCAGUAGAAAUAGGAUGUACAUCAAUCUUAUGAAUUUAGAAAGUGGUAAUUGCGUAACUACAUUCAAGGCUGGGGAGGACCGCUUUCUCAACUCCCUGCUGGUUUCAGGGGAUGGGAGAGUCCUUGUUUGUGGAGACGAAACGCAGAAGCCCUUUCCGUUGUUAGUGUGGAAUUUAAAGUCUAGAAAAUUAUUAUACGACCUUAGGAUUCCUCAUCAUCAUUUUAUUACAGCGUUGUCUGCUAUAACGUACGAAGGUAACUACGUUUGUUGUGUUUGUUUUGAAAUAGCGGAACCGAAUCCCAAUUUUAUUGUUGUGUAUGAUUUGCAAAGUGGUACAUUGUUCAAGAAAUGGAAGCCAUCUUGCAAUACGGUUUCUCUAGAAAUAAGCUCACAAGGUGGCUGUGUCAUAUCUGGUCUCGAAGAUGCAAGGAUACUUGUUUGGGACCUUAUUACUGGUAAUUGUCGAUGGUCAUUAAGUGGACAUACAGCACCAGUAUCGUCAUUAAAAUUGGAUCCUACGGGAGCAUUUUGUCUUUCCAGGGACUCGGAAUGUAGGGACAGAUCCAUUAGAAUCUGGGAUCUUAAUAAAGGUAAUUUAGUAGCAGUUUACACGCCCAAAACGAAGAUCUCCGCCUGCGAAAUCACCUCCAACGGCCGUUUCGUGGUGCUGGCAUUGGACGGAUGCAAAAAGCUGGUAACCCUCGAGCUAAAAGGUCCGGGCAUCGACGAAACACCCCAAAGCGAAUCGUACGGAGAGGAAGAAAACUCGGGAAAAACAUUCGUGCUACCAGAAAACUGCUGACCAGAAUAAAGGAAUAUUAGUCCAUAAUUCUCAAAUCUUUAACUUUUAGACUAUUACUAUAUGGAUGAGACUUCAAAUGGAAAGGGAAUUUAGUACAGUAUAUGAAGGUAAAAAUCAACCAUUACCUCCGAUUUCGGUGAAUCUACAUCGAUUUUCAUGAAUAUUGGUUAGUGCUUAGAGGAUACUUCAAGAAACAAAAGUGGCAUGAUACCAACUUGCGCUUUUACAAUGGGGGUGGAUGCAACUCCUUCUCGGGGGUAAAAAUUAUUUUAUUAAAAAUACCACCAUAAAUCGAUAGAGGGUCAAAUUCUAAGCAUAAUUUGUUGAAAGAUAAAAGGACAAGUGCGCACUACGUCACUUUUGUUUCUUGAGGUAUCCUCUAACCACUCACAAAUUUUCAUGAAAAUCGAUGGAGGUUCAUACGAAAUCCGAGGUGAAAACCUUCAGUCGCUGUACUAGAAACAGAAUUUUGAACCUCAUCGGUUACUUACAAGUUUUGUCUUAAAGAAACUUCCCGGUGUACAAAUCUAAAUGAUACGUUUUAAUAAUCUCUAUAGUGAAUAGUCAUUUGAACUGUUGGGAUUUGAACUUCAACAUCACGGGGAAAAUUGAUCAAAAGAUGUUGAUUACUUUGAGUUCACUUGAUUAUUUGGUAUAAAUAUUAGAUACUUUUAUACAGUUAGAGAAGUCAGUUUUAUCUACUUCAAAAACACGUUUCUUAAAAACAAAAUUUACUUGAUUUAAGCAUUUGUUUGUAUUUAUACAAACAGUUUUUAAAUCAAACUUACAAACAGCGUAGUCAACAAGCUUCAAGUGAUCCAGAGAGCUAUGGAACGGAGAAUUCUCAGCAUUAAGCUCAGCUAUAGCAAAUCCAAUGAAGAGAUGAAGACGAUACAUCAAAAAUAACAGAUGUGACCCAGAAGAUUGCCAUGUCAAAAUGGAACUGGGCAGGACACAGCGAAAGAAUUAAAGACAACCCUUGGACGAAGAGAAUUCUCGAAUGGCGACCAAAGGCAAGCAAAAAAAGUAGAGGCAGACCUCAAACAAGGUGGACUGAUGACGUCAAGCGAAUGGCUGGCCACAAAUGGAUACAAAAAACAGCAAACAGAUAUGAAUGGACACACCUAAGGGAGGUUUACAUCCGGCGAUGGAUGGAAUAGCUGUUGAUGAUGAUGAUGAGGAUACAAUGAACCUCUUAAUUUUUGGCAUUUGUGGAUUACAAUAAGGCAUUCGAUUCCAUAGAACUCUGGACCGUAUUAGAAGGAAUGAAUAAGGCAAGGAUUUAUUCCAGAUAUAGAAUACUCCUAAAAUACGCUAUCUACGUGAGACAAGGAGACGCUAUCUCUCCAAAAUUGUUUACUUCUGCAUUAGAAGAUGUGUUCAAGAAGUUGAAUUAGGAACAACGCGGAAUUAAAAUUGAUGGCAGAUUUUUAAGUCUUCUAAGAUUUGCCGAUGAAAUCGUACCUAUUCAUAAGCAACAAUACAGAGGAACUAACCUACAUGUUAAAGGAGCUUAAACAAUAAUCUGAGAAUAUCGGUUUAAAAAUGAAUAAAACAAAAGAGAUGACAAAUCAAAAUAGCAGUAGAAAGACUCAGUGAUGUGUAUUCAAUAAUAAUUGUAUUCUACCAGUUAUGACCUAUGGAAUGAAGACUAUACUCCGGUCAACUUACACAUCCGAGGUUACAAAAAUUACCAUCAAGCUUAAAAUUGGCAGGAUUGUUCAAAAUACCAUCAUAAAUUAAAUCUAAAAAGUCCUCAUAAAUCCGACCCGAGCUAAAAAAUGUACGCGCGGGGUCAAAGGUCAUAAAAUAUAGUUUUUAGCGAUUUUCAGCGAAACGAUAAGUUUUAUCAUAAAAUUUGUUCUAACACAAAAUAUAAAUUAGAUAAUUAUCUAUAAAAAAUGUCUUAUUACUUUUUUUCCUAAGAGCCACCGUUUUUGAGAUACAAUGAUUCAAAAAGUUGUAAUCGUCAUAAUAUGCGCACACGUUUCCAUACCACCUUUGAGGUAAUGUACUUAUCGCGUUUUUUAACGUGGUUUCCCUAGUAGACCUGUUCCAUGGAUCUAUUAUGAUUCUGUUUAAUUUGAAGCUAUUGAAUAAUUGAUAUUGGCAAGGGUUAAAAAUGAUAAAAGUUAUAAAAAGCGGUAUAAAUAAAAAAAGGAAAUUUAUCCAACUGGUUCAUAACUUUCUAAUACUUCUGCUUCCUCUUCUCCUUGUUAUUCUUCUUCUUCUUUUUGUUCUUCUUCUUCUUGUUCAUUCUGGGUGCAAGUAAAUUGCCCCAAUAAUGAAACAUCGCAUGGCUCCUCGAUAUAAUCAAAUUAAUCCUCAAUUGUUGGUGAUUCAACAUUGGAGCACGACAGGUUUGGACAAUUCGUUCAUGCUACCGAACAAAACAGUCCAACUUUUUGCAACCACGUUUAGCGCUACAUCCUUUUUUACAGUUGCAAAAAAUUGUGUUCAGGAGAAGAAAGCUAAUUCUGUUGGAAAUAACUUCUUGUGGAGUUGAAUUACUUUUUUUUAACUUCAGCAUAUUCAAGUAAUAUAUUAGGUUUAACACGUAUUUUUCACUCUGGAGUAGUACUAGAAUCAAGACUAAUUAAUACCUCGAGGGUAUCAUACCUGAAGGAUCUCGCCACCCAGGAAGAUAACGGUGUUAUUUGCAUAAUAGUAAACAAACUAAAUUUGCAUAAAGUUUAUUGUAUAUUGAAAUGUUUAUUAGUACUUAGCAAUAAACAUUUUGCCUAGAAAGUUGGCUUUCAUUAUUAUGUUCAAACCCUUCUGAGAAAAGAAUAGGUAGGGUGAUUAGAUUAGCGGACGUACCGAUAGAACGUGUUUAUUCCGACAAAACCCAUCUUUACAAAUUGAAUAAGACGCAUAAGUAAGAAGAAUUGUUAUAAGUUAAUACUUUGUCAUAUCAAUUUUCUAUUUUUGUUGGGAGUAAGCCGUAAAAUUGAAAUAAUAAUUCUUAUUAUUUUCGCGUUACAUUCACUUUGUAAAGAUUUUUUUGUUGGCACUGUAAUAUAAUACAGCUUAUACAUUGCAUCCCUCGGUAGACCGCAAGCUGUAUAGUAGAAACAUUAUCAUAUUUAUAAUAUCUUAUAUUAUUAUGUGUAAUAUAAGUUAAGUUGACCGAUAGAAUAUUAUGCAUACUUGUAUUACAGCUUCAGUGAUGUAUAUACGUGGUGUACUAAUACAUAUUUAUUAUGACGAUUAGAACUCUUUCAACUCUUUGAAUCGUUGUAUCUCAAAAACGGUGGCUCUUACCAAAAAAAGUAUUAAGAUAUUUUUUAUAGAUAAUUAUCUAAUUUACAUUUUUUGUUAGAACUAAUUUUAUGAUAAAACUUACCGUUUGGCUGAAAAUCGCUAAAAACCAUAUUUGGUGACCUUUGACCCCGCGUAAAUUUUUUAGCUCUGGUCGGAUUUAUGAGUACUUUUAGAUUUCAUUUAUGAUGGUAUUUUGAACAAUCCUGCCAAUUUCCAGCUUGAUGGUAAUUAUUGUAACCUCACUCCUAUUUUUGAGUCUAACUAGACCCACGGUUCUUAGACAUUACUACGGUUGCCUAAAUCGACUAACCAAUGAACAUUAAGGGUGAGAUUACGUCACGAGAGUUUACUGUCAUUUGAAUCGUAAUAUGAUUUUUUUCGAAUCCUGAGAAAACCAAGUAUUUUAGAAAAAUUUAAACGCAGGAUGCAAAAUUACAUUAUUACCGAGGGCGGAAAGCCUCUUAGAAUAAACAAGCAGAUUCUAUUGAAUGAAAUAUUUGAAAUUAAAUAUCACACUUCUCUUUUAUUUUCAGCCCUGUAACUUAUUAAAACAAACAUUAUAGAAGUUUUCAGGGACUUUCAGCCCUCGGUAAUAAUGUAGUCUUUCAUUCUGAGUUUAAAAUUUUCAAAAAUAUUUAUUAGUUUUCUCAGAAUUCGAAAAAAAUGAAUACAAUUAAAACACAUUGAGAAUUUUGACAUGCGUCAAAGUUUUGCAUUAACUCAAUGUAAAAUUCUGAACUGUUGAAUUCCAGCUUCCCUAAUAAUUAUUUUACAUCAAAAGACAUUAGAAACUAUUUGAAGAGGAUUGAAAUCUGUAUUGGACAUAACUGUUAAAAUUGGUCUACGUAAUUAAACAUAUUCCAAAAUUUUGUAAAAAUGUAAUACAUUUUAGUUUUCAGCCCAAACUUAGGCCACACACAAUGCAAUAAUGUUCACAUUUUUGAACUGUCAAUAUUUUUAUUUUAUCAUCUAUUAUUUAAAAAUUAUACAGUUGAUAAGAUACCCUCAGUUGCGGAGAAAGGAUUAAUAAUAAAGAUUUUUUUAUUCAGUCAAUGGUGUGAGCACUGUCAGUUAAAUAGUAACGUGUGGCCUUAGGCUAAGGCUCCACGGGCAACAAAUCUACGCUAGCAGUAGCCGUAAAACGAACUUAAGGUUCCGCGGAACGAAAUAGGAAUAGCCGAACUGAACCGACUACGAACUUGUGCGUAGUCGGUUCAGUUCGCCUAUUCCUAUUCCGUUCCGCGGAACCUUAAGUUCGUUUUACGGCUACUGCUAGCGUAAAUUUCUCGCCCGUGGAGCCUUAGCCUUACUUAUACACGCAUACCUAUUGUGGCAAAUGUAUCAUAUUUUUCAAAAUUUUGGAAUGCAUUAAAUCGUAGAACAAUUUUAACUUUUGAUUUUAAUACAGAUUUUAAUUCUCUACAAGUAUUCUCUCAUGACUUUUGAUGUAGAAUAAUUAGGGAAGCAGGAAUUCAACAAUUCAGAAUUUUACAUUGAGUUUCCUAUGGCCCUUUUUACGAUUCACCACCCGGUAUAAGAUAAAAUGUAUACUAUUUGUCUUAUUAUUUCAUAAUAACACAAAUAAUACACAUAUAUACACAAUAACACACAUUCAAUGAUGGAAAAUAAUUUAAAAAUAUGGGAAUGUAAACUCUUGUGACGUAAAAUCAAAAAUAUAAGUCUCCCCACCACCGUCGGACAAGACAACCGUAAUAAAGUCUAAUAACCGUGAACUAGACCGGUCUACUAUGACAUUUACAGAGUUAUCAGCCAAUAGGGCUUUUCAUUCACAGUCAUUUGUUUCGAACUUAUGUCAUGUGUCGUCUAAUAUUAAUAUAUCUACGUCAUACGUUAUUGGUAUUGUCAAUGAUACAAACCAAAGACGUAUUACGUAGAUAUAUUAAUAUUAUGUGACACAUGACAGAAGCUCGAAACAAAUGACAAUCGAUGAAAAGCCCUAUAGAUUGAGAAUGACACAGAGAGCGAGCGAACGAGCUAUGUUAGGAAUAUAUCUGAGGGAACAUAUACGAAAUGAGGAUGAGGACGUGCGUAGCAGGACGAAGGUGGAAAAUGUAAUUGGAAGAAUUACGCAAAUGAAAUGGAACUUGGUAGGAUACGUGGCACGACAAAACAUCUUAAGGUGGACGAGAAACAUUGUACAUUGGAAACCACGCGAGCACAGUCGUAGUAGAGGAAGGAGGAAGACCACAAGAACGAUGACUAGACGACAUCAAAGCAAAAAUGGGGAGAAACUGGCACCCAAAAUAGAACAAAGCAGAGGAGAAUGGAGAAUUCAUGGGAAGGACUUAUCCAGGACUGGAUGCAAACAGGCUGGAGAAUGAAGAAGAGAAGAAGAUGUGUUUAUAAAACUUUUUUAUUAUUCAACAUAAGCGAAUGAAUCAAAAAACAUAAUGUUAAGAAAACAUGAGGCUAUAGUUGGGUUUUAUUUUCAAUAUUUUAUACCUAUAAGUGCUAGAAUAUUCCACAGGGUGACGCGAACUUUGUGAAAAAUUCACAGUUUGAUUGGUACACCCGGUAUACAAUGAUAAUUUAUCUGUCUAGCAACAAUAUUACCUAUUACAGUGAUAUUGUUAAAGAAUAAGGCUAUGACAUGUAUUAAAAAAAUCACUUAAAUUGGAUAACAUGUUUAGGAAAUUCGAGACAUUAAAAAUUACCAAUUUUUAAGGUAAUGCGUUAAUUUCUUGGAGAAUUAUAUUACAGUGACUUAAUUACUUUUUGACACAUUUUCAAUACCUAAUAGUUUUAACCAAAAGAAGUAGAUAUAACUGACUAAAGCGCCAAUUCUAUUUAAAUUUUAGAGUGAUCUGUGCUGGUUUCAGAUCUAGUAGAUAUUUUAUGUUUUAAGAAAUUUAUUUUUAAAAUUAUUUGUACAGAUAUUUUUGUCAAUUGCCAUCUGCUGGUUUCAGAUUUAUAUAAACACAUUUUUUAAUAAAAUGGCUAACUUACAGCUUAAUCGGACUUUUUAGAAUAAUAUUUUUUUAAGUUUUAAUGCAUUUUUCACUAUUUGUUUCAUGUGUAAUGUAUAAACUAAAUGAUUUAAUAAAAGGAAUAGGAUGGGAGGUAGCAUUACACUUAAGGAAGAAUCAAAAUAUAAAAAUUAAAUCUUGUGACUAUUGUGACUUCGUUUCGACAGCUUUCAACCCAUCAUUUUUAAAGCGAGUAAAGCUUUAAACCGCCUACCAGCUAUUUAUAAAGAAUCUCACAUAAAGUGGAAUUCAACCACUUAAUCGGAAUAAAAUGUACUUUCGGUAUAAAACAUUAUGUAUUUGCAAAAAUGACAUUAACCCAGAUAGCACAAGUACGUUUUAUGGACAUCCAAUGGACGUACAUCUGUGUACAUUGGAACGUCCAAUGGACGUCCCGCUAAGGUACAAUGGACAUCCGAUGGACGUCCAACGAAUGUCCAGAGUUCACAAAAUUGGACGUACAUAGAACGUCCGCUACAAACGUACAUUGUACGUUGUAUUGGAGCUUUCAGUGUACACCUUAUUUGUAGGGCACUUUUCAGAAAGCAAUCUAGUAUCCAUAAUUUUGUGAAUACAUAGCAAAAAGCCUUUAUAGGAAAUAGUUCCUUAUAAUACUAAACUUAUACUUAAAAAUAUUACACAAAAGACCUUUUUUAUUUCUCUUUACUAUAACUUCAUUAUAAUAUAUACUUUAUUAUAGGAACUAGGAACUUCAUUAAUGCACGACUGCACUUGCACGAUAAACAGAAAACACAAAUAUAUCACAGGAUGUAUUUUCAUAAAGACGAGAUUCAGAUAAUGACGCCCUAGGAAGCAUGCACAUUAAAAGAGGUUUAAUCUCUGUUCUGUUUCUGUUCCAAACUAUUUUUAGAGUCAGUACCGUUGUUGUAUAUUACAAGCGCGUUUGCCAUUCUGUGAAUUAUCAUAAAUAAACCAUCCUUCAGUAUUCCACAACAAUUAACAUCGAUAAUCCCCUAAAAGUACCUGAUAUACUACCUUUCACGACCGAUAGCGCGAAGAGCGACAACGUUGUCAAGAAGAUUCUCAUUUAGUUUGUAUUGGGAUUUAAUAUAAUAGUCGCGUUUUGUGUAAAAUAUCCAUGGACCACAAAUGGAUGUCCAAUGUACGUUGAAAUCAAACGUCCAAUGGACGUCCCGUAAUGUACGUACAUAGUACGUCCAGUUUUGGUCCAUGGACGUUUGGACUUUAAAUGUACGUUAUAUGGACGUACAUCGGACGUUGUGUGCUAUAUGGGAAGUCUAUUGAUGUGUCACCACAAACCACAGACCACAAACUUGUAUAGGUAUAAAUACUGCUAAUUCAGUUUACAGAGUUUUCCCAGCAAUUUUUCUCAAUAGUAUCCAUAUUCUAGCUAUCCAAAUUUCAUUCUGUAGAUAAUCUUCAAGGCUUAUGAGGAAUAAACAUAUUUUUUAAGUACAAUGCUACCUCCUGGUAACACUUUGUAAGAAAGUCAUGUUCAGUUUAUGUAAAAUCAACAAAAAAUGUAAAACGUUAACUGAGACACUUAAGUCAGAAUAUUAAAAUACGAAGCAAAAUACUUAUUGACUUUUUUAAAAUACUGAGUACUUCAUAGUUUAUACAAGUGGCCGGACAGAUAACCCGAAUUGACACCAGUUGAUUUUUUUUUCUCUGUGGUUAUUAAACUAACUUAAAAGAUGUAGAAGAUCCCAUAUGACGUGAAAUGUAGAAUUACUAUAUAAAGGUUCAAUAGUGGAAGACCUUCAGAGACUUUUAUAUCAAUUUAAUUAAACAACAAGAAAGUUCAACAUGAUAAUAUCAAAAAAUAAAACAAAAAGUAUGGUAAUCUCUAAAGAUCCAAUAAGGUGCAAGCUGGAAGUGGACAGCAAAAUAAUCCAGAAAGAAAGAAAUAUCAGCUACCUUGGAGUACUAUUAAUGCAAAGUUAUGGAGAUACAGAAGCGGAAUUUGCGUAACAAAUAAACAAAGCCAACAGAAUUGAAAGGUGUCUUAAAUACACUAUCUGGCGCAACACACAUCUACGGACGGAAACAAAGGCCAAAAUCAGGCCCGGCCCCAGGGGCGGCCGUCCAGGACGGUAAAUUCAGGGGCGGCAAAUUUUAGAGGACAGCCAAUUUUUGAAAUUGAAGAAAUAAAAUAAUAAAUUAUGUUUUUAAUAUUAUAAAAAAUCAAUAUUAUGAACAAGUGGGGCAAAAAUGCAACUGUAAAAACGAGAAUUAAGUAAGUGAAACAAUAACAAUUGCAAGGUUCAUUCGACGGAAAAUCGACAACACCGCCUUCUUCUUCAUCGCAUAAGAAUAGUAGGAUCAGAACUAAACAAAAUUCACUGAAAUUCUCUUAAAAUUAACUUUACUGAAAAUGGAUAUAAUAAUUAGAAACAUAUAGCUGAAGCUUUGUCCAGCCACGCUAAGUCUCCAGCUCAUCUACAGUCACAGCGACAGUGGGUAGAACUAGCAAUUAGACUAGAAUCGAGCAAAAUCAUAGAUGAAGAAACACAAAAAGUUCUAAAUUCACAAAUUGGUCAUUGGAAAAAUGUAAUACAACGACUUAGGUAUGUCAAUAAUACAGUUCUUAGCACAACAGUGUCUUCCAUUGAAGGGCGAUUCCGAUAAACAUUUUCAUCAAAACAAUGGUAAUUUUUUCAAGUUUUUUGAGCUCUUUAAAAAUUUUGAUUCUUUUUUAACAAGAAAUUUUAACAACAAAAUUUUAAUUUUAACAAUAAAUUUCAACAAAAUUUUACAAGAGCACAUUAGGAAAAUAACUAAUGGGAGUAACAAGCAGCAUCACUACUUGAGAAAACGUAUUCAAAACGAAAUUAUUCAGCUCCUCCAUGACCAAAUCAAAAACAAAAUUUUAAACUUUUUGAAAUCAGCAAAGUAUUAUAGCAUAAUUUUAGAUUGUAUAUCUGAUAUUGCUGGGACUAUAGAUGAUUAUUGGGGCUAUAGAUGACUAUUGUUGUACAUUUUGUCAACUUACGUUCUGGUUCACAAAGUGUUAAAAUUGAAGAACAUUUUCUUGGAUUUGUGCCUGUAGUGGAAACCACUGGCUUGGGAGUUACAGAGUCCCAGAAUGAACUGGGAAUACCUCUGGAAGAUAUAAGAGGACAAGGGCAUGAUAAUGGGGCAAACAUGGAACAGAAGAACUUGGGAGUUCAAAACAGAGUGUUAAAAAUGAAUUUUUUGUCAUUUUUUGUCCCAUGUUCUAGCCAUUCACUUAACUUAGUCGUGAACGAUGCUGCUAAAGCCUCACAGUUUGCAGUUUCUUUCUUUUCCUUAGUGACAAAAAUUUACUAAAUUAACUGUUUCUCAGCAUUUAUUCAUCGUUGGACUUUGCUGACACAUCAUAUUUCUAGCCUAACAUUGAAACCUUUGUCCGAAACUAGAUGGAAAAGUAGAAUAAUUGAUGCAAUUACUCCCAUUAGAUACCAAAUUGAAGAAAUUUACGAUGCUCUUGUAGAAAUCACUGUGAAUAAAAACAACGAUAAAAUGGUUGCUCAUGAGGCAAGCUGUUUGGAAAAUCAAAUCCGUGAUUUUACUUUUCUUUGCUCUGUGGUAAUAUGGCAUGACAUUUUACUUCUUCACAUCAACGUAGUCGCGUAUGCAGAGUAUUGACAUGGAAGCGUAUCAGUUUAUUAGAAAAUUCGGAAAUCCAUUUUAACUCUCUCAGAAGUGAAGUGACAGACGCAAAAGAGCUCAUCAAAGUUAGAAAUUGAGAACGCGAAAAGGAGGCACAAUAAUAGCCAGAAAGAGGAAAGUGAAAAGACAAUUUGGCCAUGAGGCUGAAGAUGAAAGUAUGGACCUAGAUCCAGAGACACGAUAUAAAGUUGAGUUCUAUUUAAAAAUUAUAGCACAACUGUGCAUGCAAGUGAUAGAUUUAAGCAAAUUAAGAGCCAUGGUGAAAUUUUUGAGUUUUUGGGUAUACCAAGGGGGGCGGCGGUCGCCGAUCUUGUCCAGGGCGGCAAAAUUCCUAGGGCCGUGCCUGGCCAAGAUUUAUAGUAGACAGUAGUUAGGCCAAUUAUGACUUACACUGCGGAAACAAGACCUGACACCACAAGUACAAAAAGACUGAUGAAAACCUGGGAAAUGAAAAUAGUCCGAUAUAUCACAGGAAAAUCAUUAUGGAACAGACAGCGUAGCACAGACCUCAGGCAAAGCUGUAAUAUAGAGAACAUAAAUGACUGGACACUGAAAAGAAAAAAAGAAUGGUAUAACCAUAUAAGCAGAAUGGGAGAAGGAAGACUGGUAAAGAUAUAGCACGAGACAGAUCACCAAACGGUCGAAGGAGUGUAGGAAGGCCAAGGAAGAGAUGGAGUGACAACCUGGAUAUCUGAUGAGGAGGCAUCCGAAGAUUGAACAGGCCCGAGCCUAUUAAGGAAGCAGGAAGAAGAAGAAGAAGAAGAAGAAGAAGAAGAAGAAGAAGAAGAAGAAGAAGAAGAAGAAGAAGAAGAAGAAGAAGAAGAAAGUUCAAUAGUUCAGUUUAAUGAGUUUUAAAUGUUUGUUUCAAAUUACCUAUGAUAUAUAUAAAUAUCAAAAAUUCUCGAAGAAAAGAUAUACUGCAACGCUGUAUUCGUAGAUAUCUCACAAGCGUUUGACAAAGUUUGGCACAGAGGUCUGCUUUACAAAGUAAAAUUAGCACUAUCUAGUAACUAUUUCCUCCUAAUCAAAUCCUACUUAUCAAAUAGAUAUUUUUCAGUAAAAUUCAAAGACCAACAAUCCAGCCUCUGUCCUAUUAACUCCGAAGUUCCGUAAGGUAGUGUUCUCGGGCCGCUGCUGUUCUCACUCUACACAGCCGAUAUACCAGAGUCUCAUAAUACUACGAUCGCUUCCUUUGCUGAUGACGUAGCAAUACUAGCUGUAAAUGAAGAUCACAUACAAGCCUCACAAGACCUGCAACACCAUCUGGACAUACUCAGUGAAUGGUACACAAAAUGUCGAACAAAAGUGAACAAAACAAAAUCAUCUCAAAUAACGUUUAUCAACCGCCACAACACAUGCCCACCUGUAAGAAUGGAAAAUUAACGAAUACCAACAGUAACAGACGCUAAAUACCUUGACCUUCAUCUUGACCAACGUCUUACAUGGAAGAAACAUAUAGACCAAAAGAAGACAACUAGACUUGAAAUUCCGGCAAAUGUAUUGGCUCCCUGGACGCAGAUCAAAACUCAACAUCCAAAACAAAAUUCUUCUGUACAAAGCAAUACUCAAACCUAUUUGGUACUACGGACUACACCUCUGGGGCUGUGCAAAAGUCAACAUCACUGAAUAUCAUCCAAAGAUUUCAGUCUAAAGUUCUAAGAUCAAUAGUGGAUGCACCAUGGUACGUAACUAAUCAAACACUUCACGAAGACUUAAAUAUACCUUUCAUCAGAGAAGAAAUCCAUCGAGCCACAGAGUCACAAAAUCAGCGUACCAUUCACCAUGACAAUGAGUUAGUAAGGGAAUUAUUCCAUAAUGGCCCUGCCACAAGGAGACUAGAUAGAACCUGGCCUCAGGACCUAUUUUAAAACUUAAACAUAAAUAGAAUAAGAUGAGACAUCAUUGGAAGUCUCUUCUUCAUGCCCAAAAACAUGGAACAAAUUUACUUAAUACUCUUUUAAUGAUGUAGAUUGUAAAUAAACAUAAUUACAUAAAGAAAAAUUACCUAUGAAUCAUUAUGUUGUCGAAAAUAAGUAAUGACUGAACUAAACAUGGCUUAAUACUUUUGAGACACUAUUUUAACAACAUUUGUCAGUAAAUCGAAAUAUACAAAUUGAAUACAUUCAAAAAUAAAUAUAAAAUAAAUAUAAUUGGUAAAUGCAGAAGAAACCUGUUUUAACUUUCAUCAGAAAAAUAAAAAUGGCCUGCACAAACGAAAUUGCUGUUUUAAACAAAUAAAUUACCUAUAUUUUACAAAAAUUUUAACAUUAUCAAAGCAAACGAUAGUCUGAAACUUUUUCUGAAUUAGCUGCAUUUUAACUGGAUUUUAAAAAUCUUAUCAAUCAAAUAUAGGUACGCUUAGAAAUGUUGCACAAAAAUUGAUUAUUAUUUUAGUUAUUAGCUAUCAUCAUGUCAGCGGAUUCAGAAAACAAAUAUUUAUGUACGAUGGUUGAUUUCUUUUUACUGAGCCUAAAAUUAUUUUUAUAAAAUUUAUAUAAAGAAAUGUUUCAUUCACUGCAUUGUUUUAUAACAGAAAGUUUUUAACAUCUAUCAAUUUAAUCUAUCUUCUUCUUGACUUGCCUUACAACUCGGGGUGAGUCCUCCAUCUUCUAUGGUCUUGUGCUUAUAUUUGCUUUUGCUUGUGUGACUGUCUUUUUCACCAAUCCUCUCUGCCUGUAAUAUUCUUCUUUAUCUUCUUCUAAUCCCGUUUCGAUGUAUUUUUUCCAUGCCAUUUUCUUCUUUUUUAUUUCUGUUUUCACUUCUUUAUUCCACCACAUUGUCCUUUUCAAUUGAUUAUUACAUUUUUUGAUUCCACAUACUUCAGCUGUUAUUUUCUUUAAUACUUCCCUGUAAGUAUUGCAUCUUUCUUCCAUUUUCCAUGUUUCUUUUUGGCACUCUGUCUGCCUCAAUCUUUUAUUGGUUUCCUUCUUGUAAAGUUCUCGCACACGUUCUAUCGUUAGUUUGUUUACUUUUACUUUCUUGUACUCUUUUCUUUCCACCUCCUCUAUUUUUUCAUCCUUCAGUUUUGCAAAGAUAAACCUGUGUUGUGUGGACAGCUCCGGUUCUUUUUCCGUUAAGAUAUUUUGUAUUUUUUGUUCCCAAUUUCUUGUAUAUACCUACUAUAUAGCCAAUUAAGCUCUUUCGACUAAGCAUAUUUGUCUUCAAUGGUUUGUUCACUGAAUGUGUUUCCUAUUAUCAGGUCAUUCGUUUGGCAGAAUUCUAGCAUUUUAAUUCCAUUUCUAUUUAGUGUUUCUUCCCCAUAUUGUUCAAUACAUCCUAAUCCCCUAUUAACGUCCUUACCUACUCUAGAAAUCCAAUAUCCUAAUAUUAUUAUUUUUUCUCCUGUCUCUCUUAACUUAUCUAAUGUAUAUUGGAGUUCGUUCUGAGACGGCCUACUGAUCUUCUGCCGUCUGUUCUGUCAAAGAACACUAUCUUUAACACUCUGUCUUCCUCUGAUCUUACCACAUGGCCUGCCCAUCUUUUCCGGCUAUAGCUUUUAUAUGUCUGACGAUGUUUUCAGUACCAUACAAAGUCACCAAUUCAGCAUUGCGGCGCCUUCUCCACUCUCCUGUCAAUUCAUCUCUUUGAGUGCCAAAUAUCGUUCUGAAAACUGUCCUUCCAAAUAUGUACCAGCAGCUUAUUUAUUUCCCGCUUAUGUAUUUUCACUUCCACAUGUAACAACUGGGCGAAUAAUUGAUAUGUGCAGUGCAGUCCCAAUUUAGAUUUUUUAACAGCUUAGAUCUUAAUAUGUAAUGAUAAUAGGGAGUAUAAUGCUCUAUUCCCAGCAGCUAUCCUUGCUGAAACCUAUUUUUCUUUGUGGUUGUCAUCUGUGAUUAGCGCCCCCAAAUAUUUAAACGGUUUUACUACUUCGAACUUGUGUUCAUUAAUAGUUAUGUUCUGUCUUUGAAUUAUUGGUUACUAACCACAUGUAUUUUGUCUUCUCUUGAUUUAUUCGAAGGCCCAGACUAACUGUUUCUUCCUCGAGCUGUGAAUACACCUCUUUCACGUCUCUUGUAAAAUGAGCAACUGCAUCUUCUAGGUCAUCAGCAAAGGCCAACAAUAGUUUUGAUCCUCAAUUCGCAAAUCCUACUGUCAGCUCAGAUAUUUUACUGAUUGCAGAUUCUAAGGCUAAAUUGAAUAGUAACGGUGAUAAGAGGUCUCCAAAACACCGUUUUCUAGAAAAAUCGAUUUGAAAAUUUUUCGUUUCCUGAAUUUGAAAAAAAAAUGAAAAACAUUUAAAAAAACGGUGUGUUUUACCAAUUUAAAGCAAGAAUAACUUUAAGUACUAGAAUACCUCAUAAUUUAAUAAUCUAGUGUCAAAAUUUUUUAAAAAUUAAAGACAAAAAAGUUAUUCGAUAAAAUAACCGUUGCCCUACCCAAAACGGACCCAUAUGACCGGUACUAGAAAUUCGUAAUUAAUGAAAUCGAUUCAUCUCUAGAAUAUAAAAUAUAGUACCUACCAGUUUUCGUUUUCCUAAAUAGUUUGUCGAAAUUUUUUUUUGAUAUUCAAAAAACGAAAAAUUUCCAAAUCGAUUUUUCUAGAAAACGGUGUAUCCUAUCGACUUAAAGUAAGAGUUAGCACUAUAAUACCUUACAUUUUAAUAAUCCUGACUCAAAAAUGCUUAAAAAUUAAAAACAAAUUAGUUAUACGAUAACUGUUGCCCUACCCAAAACGGACGCUUAUGACCGGUACUAGAAAUUCGUAAUACAGUACAACCUGCCAUAUCCGGACCUCCCCAUAUCCGGACGGUUCUGCUGUCCGGAUCUACCAAAAUCUACCGAGAAAGGCAGUCCUGCUGUUGGACAACGCACCCUAUCAUCCCGACCCAAAAGAACUAAAAGAUGCCGAAAUAAUGUAUUAUAUAAAACGUGUCUAUCGACGAAAGUUAUUGACGGCGUUGAUUACUGAAAUGUAUGAGGAGAAAACGUUUUAGAGACUAUAAAAGAAGUUAUCUUGAUAUCCGGAUUUUUUCAUAUCCGAAUCGGUCUGUCGCCACAUUGAUCCGGAUAUGGCAGGUUUUACUGUAGAUGGAAUCGAUUUAUCUCUGAAAGAUAAAUAUGCGUACCAAUUUUCGUUUUUUUUUUUUUAAUAGAAGCGUUCUGGAGACAUUUAAGAAAAACUAAUUACCAGACGCCAUCUUCAAAUAGCUCUUAGCUCCCUUAGGAAGCAGUUUCGGACUAGGUGAAUUUGGUUAAAUUAUCUUAAUAUUAUCUGAGAAAUCUCCCGUCUUCGUUUGUCGGUGGAGUUUCUGGACACCCUGUAUAGGCUCAGUAAGAAGAAAUCAUCCCUCACGUUAGUUGGCAAGACGAUUUUUUUAUUGGACUGAAAAAUUAAUUAGAUCCAACGGUGUUCAUUAUAUUUGUUCUAUUAUUUGUAACUGUAAAAAAUAUUCCCAUCUGGUAUGUGGAACAACAUUAAUUCAUUAAAAUAUUAUAUUUGUAUGUUGUGAGACUUGUGUAUAAAUAAAUGUAUUAAACAAUG